AUGAUACACUCAGAUAAUUCAGGGCAAAGAGGGGACAUCUUCAGCCCCGCCGCCAUGCUGAACCUCUACUACAUCGCCCACAACGUGGCCGACUGCCUGCAGCUGCGAGGCUUCCGCUGGCCGGGUGCUCCCAAAGGGAAAAAAGGGAAGAACAAGACUUAGGAGACGAGUUCCCAGCACAUCUCCGUCACAAACAACUUGGGGAAGAGAAAUCAGGAUAACGCGACAACGGCAGGCAAAAUAGACUUUACCGAAAACAACUUGAAAUGCAAGCUCAGUGUGCUUUUCUGUGGUAAAUAAUGAGGAAGAAAUGCCUUUAACUUCCUCAGCUAAGCUAGGCAUGGUUAGCCACUUUGGAUUUUCAGAAGUUAAGGGGGAAAGCCUGAACAAUUCUUACCCAGUGUAGUGGGAUCGAUAGUACUUUAAAAAAAAUUUAUUAUCAUAAUUCCGGGCUACAAAUUAAACCUUGCUCU